UAAGCAAAGAAAGCCCCUUCCGAAGUCGCAACCGCAGAAAGUUACUUCGCUCCGUUCGCCGCCGCCGUCAUCACGACCACCACCACCACCACCACCACCUCCAAUCGGUCGAGAUAUGGGAGCAGCGCAAGCGAUGAAGAGAAUUCCACGGAUCAAGUUUCCACAGCGUCAUCCGAAGCCUUCUGGUUCCACAACUCAGAACCAAGCUGCAGCGCCUGUUGCCGGUGAUGUUCCUUCAGCCUUUUUCUCAAGGUCUGCCCCAUCUGAAAAAACUCUAGGAGGAAAAGCCUCUCUUCAGCCCAAAAGAACACCAAUGUCUCAAGAGGAGAUUGAUGCUAUUUUGUUGGGUGGGUGCUUAUGAAGCUUUUGGAAAGAGAGAAGACCAUCCUAAGACAUGUAUUUCCUUCUCAAUUUCCUUUUUUGAAACAAGUGGUGUAUGUUAUGAGAUGUCUAAAACCAUUUUGAAACUUUCUCCAUAAAUAUAUGGUUGAAUCUUGAUUCUCCAUGUUUCAUACAUUACAGGGCUUUCUGCAUUCUUGAUAAUGCUAAUGACUACUUUGCCCUUCAAUUCUUGAACUACUUU